CAUGGGCACGUGAGAUGUAAUGUGGAAUUUUUGGUAGAAGUUUCUCGUGGUAGGGAGCGGAGUCCGAUCUCGUCGUAUAAAAGUCUUUGGACCUACUGCUCUGAGAAGAGUCAGUCUUCGUCCGAAAACGUGAUCUCAGUAAGAUGGCGAUGAGGUGCAUUGUAAUGCUAGCUGCCGUGCUAGCUGUAGUCUACGCUCAAGCGGAAUCCGAAGCCGUCGGUCAGGGUCCGCAACAAACGUUGAUAGCACCUGCGGCAUCAUCGGAAGUCGCGCCGCUGAAACCUGAAACGGUAUCAGGCGAGGUGGCCGAGACGCAGUCGCGCAACAAAAGAGCGCCGGUUGUGGGAAAGGCUCUCUUCGGUGGUGCUGCUCUUCUCGGUGCUGGAGCCCUGGGUGCCGGAGCCUUAGGUGCUGGAGCUCUAGGUGCCGGAGCCCUCGGCGCUGGAGCCCUCGGCGCUGGAGCCCUCGGCUUUGGCGCAGGAUUGCAUAAGGCUAAAUACUUUGGUGGCGGAUACGGAUAUCCUCAUUAUCAUAGCUCUCCCGAUUAUCACUACCAUUACCACAGCUAUCCCCAGUAUAAUAAUUACCCCCAUUACCAUCAUUACCACAGUUACGGACCAGGUUACGGCUAUUGGUAAAUUGACUGACUUCGAUACAUUAUAAAUCUCAUCGAAACGGAACUACCUGUCGUACAUUUAUUGAUACCUUUUAUUUAUCAUUAUUAAUGAUAAGAGCUACCUCCUUUUUGCACUAUACCUUUUUAUGCGAUAUUUUAAGUAUUUUAUACAUUUUUUGUAGAUCAAUUGUAUCUAUUAUAA